CCGGGCAGGGACGCGCUGGGUGUCAGUAAUCUAGUACCUGCGCUGGGAUAAUGAGCGCUGCAGCAGAGAGCGUGAGCGCAGAGCACAGCUUAGUCCACAGUGACUCACUCAGAGGUAAAACACGCACACAAACGGUUCCCCUCACUCUGGACGCUCACCGGGAUUCACUCUUGCUCAUUUCUCUCCUCUCUGGAUGUUUUCUGAGAGCGUUUUUCUUCCUCUGGACUGAUUUGUGCCUGGAUCUGGGAGAGAAACGGGGAAAUCUGCAGAUUCUCAGUGUGUUUUGAUCUUUGCUCGGACUCCAGAUGAUGCUCUCUGCUUCAGGUCCAGCUGGAGACGGAGGGGACGAGUUUAGUGGGAGUGAAAUUUAACGAGUUGGAGUCUUUGACCAGCGGCUGUUUAAAUGGAAAACGACACGGUGUGGAGUAAUUUCACCCAAGUUCUCUCAGGUCUGGACGGGGCGGCGGGUGAGGACGAGGAGGAGGAGGAAGGCGGAGGGGGGCGUGGGCUCCGCGUCCUGAUUGGCUGCAUCCUCUUCCUGCUCAUCGUGACCACGCUGCUCGGGAACACCCUGGUGUGCGCCGCCGUCAUCAAGUUCCGCCACCUGCGGUCCAAAGUCACCAACUUCUUCGUGAUCUCGCUGGCCGUGUCCGACCUGUUCGUGGCCGUGCUGGUGAUGCCGUGGGAGGCCAUCACCGAGGUCACCGACACCUGGCUGUUCGGCGCCUUCUGCGACGUGUGGAUCACCUUCGACAUCAUGUGCUCCACAGCCUCCAUCCUCAACCUGUGCAUCAUCAGCGUGGACCGCUACUGGGCCAUCGCCAGCCCCUUCAAGUACGAGCGGAAAAUGACCCACCGCGUGGCCUUCGUCAUGAUCGGGGUGGCGUGGACUCUCUCCAUCCUCAUCUCCUUCAUCCCCGUGCAGAUGAACUGGCACCGGGCUCAGGAGGAGGUGGACGGCUGGGCGACGGGGGAAGCCGUGUUUUACGGGAACUUCACGAACGCCAGCGACCUGAACGGGACCGGCGUGGCCGCCGUGAGCUGCGUGGCCAACCUGAACAAGACCUACGCCAUCUCCUCCUCCCUCAUCAGCUUCUACAUCCCCGUGCUCAUCAUGAUCGCCACCUACACCCGCAUCUACCGGAUCGCGCAGACCCAGAUCCGCAGAAUCGCGUCUCUGGAGCGAGCGGCCGAGCAGGCUCAGCAGCAGGGCUACGGGGUGAACCGGAACCAGCAGCAGCACCGGGCCACCGACGAAGCCUCCCUCAAGUCGUCCUUUAAGAAGGAGACCAAGGUUCUGAAGACGCUGUCCAUCAUCAUGGGCGUCUUCGUCUUCUGCUGGCUGCCCUUCUUCGUCCUGAACUGCACCGUGCCCUUCUGCGACCCGCCGUGCGUCAGCGACACCACCUUCACCGUCUUCGUGUGGUUCGGCUGGGCCAACUCCUCCCUCAACCCCAUCAUCUACGCCUUCAACGCGGACUUCCGCCGGGCCUUCGCCACCAUCCUGGGCUGCAACCGCGUCUGCUCCAGCAACGCGGUGGAGGCCGUGAACUUCAGCAACGAGCUGGUCUCCUACCACCACGACACCACGUUCCACAAGGAGACGCUGGUCCCCGCGCAGCCGCAGCAGCGUCCUCGGAACCUGAGCCUGGGCUUGGACGACUGCUUGGAGGACAUGAGCGCGCGGUUUGACGAGGAGUCCAACAUCUCCAACGGUUCUCCCAGCCACGACAGGCUUCUGCUGCUCCCUGCCACCGUCCAGCUGGAGGACAACACCGAGAUCUCUUUGGAGACCAUCACGCCGAUUACCUCGGCAGCGGGACUUGAGGAUGAGACGCUCAUACCAGGACAAGUCCAACAUGAUGACGACGAGUGCCGGACCUGAACUACCAGCCAGGAUGACACAGAUCUACUCAACAGCGUAGCAUUGGUAGUCCGCCGUACAAACUGGUCCUCAACACGCAAAAAAUAACCA